CCAACCUCAUUGAAUUUCAUAUAUACCCUUUGCCUGGCAUCACCACAACUUGAUCUUUUAAUUUCUAGUGCCUGGGAGAUUUUCAACCAACCCGAUAUGAAGGUCAAAGCAAUCAGCCGGUCGGUAUCGGCUCACCAGCCUCCCGGCUCCGACGUCGUCAAGCAGCAGCGCAACCUCGACAGCGCCUUGCAUCCAUUCGAACGAGCCCGAGAAUACCAGCGUGCCCUGAAUGCCGUGAAGCUCGAGCGCAUGCACGCUGCUCCCUUUAUCGCACAGCUCGGCGAGGGCCACGUGGACGGCGUCUACUCGAUUGCCAAAGACCCCAACUCGCUGGAACGCUUCGCCUCGGGCAGCGGUGACGGCGUCGUCAAAGUCUGGGACCUGACUUCGCGAGAACAGACAUGGACGUCGACGGCCCACGAGAACAUUGUCAAGGGCCUCGAGUGGACACGAGACCAGAAGCUCCUAACUUGCGGCGCCGACCGCAGCAUCAAGCUCUUCGACCCGUACCACACGUCCGACAACGCCGCGCCCAUCUCAUCGUGGCUCGGCGCCGGCGCCUUCAACAGCUUGUCCAACCACCGCUCCAAGAACGCCUUUGCAGCCGCAUCAAGCGUCAUUUCCAUUUAUGAUUUGGAGCGCCACAACGCGGCGCCCGAGGUCCUCAAGUGGCCCAACUCCACCGACACCAUCACCAACGUCAAGUUCAACUACGUGGAGACGUCGAUUCUCGCGUCGUGCGCCACGGACCGCUCCAUUGUCAUUUACGACCUGCGCACCUCGACGCCCGUCACAAAGACGGUGCUCAGCUUCGCCACGAACCAGAUUGCCUGGUCGCCCAUGGAGGCCUUCAACAUGGCCACGGCGUCCGAGGACCACAACAUCUACCUCUUCGACAUGCGCCGCUUCGACCGCGCCCUCAACGUCCUCAAGGACCACGUUGCCGCCGUCAUGGACGUCGAGUUCUCCCCGACGGGCCAGGAGCUUGUGUCUGCGUCCUGGGACCGCACCGUGCGUCUCUGGAACCGCGACAAGGGCCACUCGCGCGAUGUCUACCACACAAAGCGCAUGCAGCGUGUCAUGGCGUCCAAGUGGACGCCUGAUUCGCGGUACAUCUUGUCGGGCUCGGAUGAUGGUAAUAUCCGUCUGUGGCGUGCGAAUGCUUCGCAGCGCGAGGGCGUCAAGUCGACCCGCCAGCGCCAGGCCCUCGAGUACAGCGAGGAGCUCAUCAACCGCUUUGGCCAUAUGCCGGAGAUUCGACGUAUCCGCCGCCACCGUCACAUUCCCAAGGUGGUCAAGAAGGCGACGGAGAUCAAGAAGGACGAGCUCAAGAGCAUCAAGCGCCGCGAGGAGAACGAGCGCAAGCAUACCAAGAAGCAGUUCGAGAGCCGCAGGAGCGAGAGAGAAAAGAUGGUGCUUGGCAGAGAAAAGUGAGAGCUGCGUGGGGGCUGCUAAGUGUGUGUAUAAAGAUGCUGCGAUUUAUAGUAGGAUUUGGUUUUUACUCGGCGUUUGCAUGGCAUGGCAUGGCGUUUCUCUGUUUUAUUUCAUGGGCAGAUAUGUUCGUUUACAAUUGAUACAUACAUUUCUUUUUAAAGUUUUACAGUCA